UCUUACAUACAAGGGAAGCCCCAAAAAGCCAUUCACUCUACCGCGGAAGUUCAAAUCUCGAGGAUUUCCACUCCACGAAACCCUACACUAUCUUCUUCCCAUGCCAAAACCCAACAUCACCGACAGAUUUUCCCUCACUUUCCGAGAAAGUUUCCUCAACUGUCUGCGUUAAUCGAAUUCCUCGCCCCUGCGCUGCCUAUAGUCGGUUGCAUUUGAACACACGUCGAUUUAGGGUUUGUUGGGAACGGCGUCUGGAUUGGAUAAUUGACAAAGAAGAGGUCGAUUAAGGUUUCUGAGAUGGGAAGCGUGGAUGAUCAGACUUUUAGGGUUAAUUUUUCUAGCGAUGGAGUGAACUUGUUGAGAGAGACGGUGAGAGAUCAGCUCAAGGAGUUCAUGGGAGAUUACACUGAUGAUACUCUUGUGGAAUAUGUGAUUGUCUUGCUGAGGAACGGUAGGAGCAAGGAAGAAGCGAGGAACGAGUUGAAUGUCUUUUUGGGGGAUGACAGCUAUUCUUUUGUAUCUUGGCUGUGGGAGCAUCUGUCUUCAAGUUUGAAUCUGUAUGUACAGCAUCAAGAAUCUUAUACAGAUGAAGCAUCAAAUACAAAACUUGUGUCGGAGGACAGUGGUGUAAAAACUGAUUCUCACCGCUUGGAUGCUGAACAAGAAAGAGGAAAGUCUGAUAAGCUAUCUAGACACCGUCAUAACAGGGAAUGGAGAGGAUUAGCUAGGGAUGCUGCUGAACCACCUCCUCUUCGGAGCUCUAAGGCUGAAAAUAUUCAUUUUGAGGAGAAAGUUCAUCACAAAGUAGGUCACCCUAGGAGAUCUCCUACUUCUCUACAUUCAGAUCAGAGGAAAAGGAGUCGACCUGAUGAGCGACCAUCCAUGAAGAGGGAGGCAGUUUCUCAAGCAACUAUUAAUGCCCCUAGAAGGUUACUCCAAUUUGCGGUGAGAGAUGCGGUUGGAACUUCUAGACCAUCUACUUCAGAUAAAGAACCUUCACUGAAACGUCUUCGUUCUGUGGUUUCUGCACCUGUUGAAGACAUGACAUCAAUUGAUCAUCCUCAGAGGAUUCGGUCGGUUGCAAGAGUUCCAAACCCAAUGGCAAGAGUAAUCAAAGCUGUGGCCGAAGCUGCCGAAGAUGCAUUAAAAGUCAAAUCUGGUGGAAGUGUGUUUGAUCGACUUGGUCGUGGUAUAAAUGUUGCGGGGACUGCUGAGCAGAUUGCAGAUUACACUGAGGGUGUUGUGGAAGAUGAAGAAUAUGAUGAUUUUAACCAAAUUCAGGAGGGAACUCAAUCUAUCUAUCAUCUCAAAAGUGAUUAUGGCGGACAAUAUGAUUCAGAUACGACUAUGAUGCAAAGUGAAACUGGGUUGCCCUCUGACUCUAUGUCCAAGAAUGAUGGAUAUGAUGAAGUCAAUGUCAUGGGCCGCAGGGUUACAGAUGUUCCCCACACUGACACAUCUGGUGAAAACCGUGCUGGAGGAUCUAUAAUACUUCAGCAUGGUGUGGCAAAGAGUGAUAAUAUGCGAAUUGCAUACAAAGAUCAUGCUCAAACUGUUGCUUCAGCAACUGCUUCUCGUAAUAUAUUGGAUAUUUCUGUGAAUGUAAAUACCCGGAAGCAUUCUCAAUAUCAGAAGCCAGGUGAUGUUGCAGACAUGAAUGUUUGGAAUUCUGUCCAGAAGGGUGAUUCAGGCUUUGGCAAAUCUGGGUUGCAACUAAUGAAGGAGAACAACAACCUUGUCACUGUCAGUAAAGGCAAUGCAAAACCUGCUCAAGACAUUCCGGAAGAGUUUCAGAAGACGCAACCAUCUGCUCCUGGUUUACCAAUUGCUGGUCGUCCUUUAGAGGAUGCUGAUUCUCGAACCAUUUUUGUUAGCAAUGUGCAUUUUGCUGCUACCAAGGACAGUCUUUCUCGUCAUUUUAAUAAGUUUGGGGAAGUACUGAAAGUGACCAUAGUUACUGAUGCUGCAACUGGACAGCCAAGAGGGUCAGCAUAUGUAGAAUUCAUGCGAAAAGAGGCAGCUGACAAUGCAUUGUCUCUUGAUGGAACCUCCUUUAUGUCGCGGAUUCUCAAGGUUGUGAGGCGGAGCUCUGGGCAUCAAGAAGGUGCUCCUAUUACGACAUGGCCUCGCAUAGCUCGGGGUUCUCCAUUUGCUGCUGCCAGGUUUCCUCGAGUUCCUUUUCCAAGAGGCAUGUCUGGCACAUUUAGGCCUCGUCUUCCAAUUAAAGUUGGUGCCAGGAGUUUUCAGUGGAAGCGAGAUGCACAGCCCACCCAAGCUGAAAGUGGUGCUUUUGUACCUGGGGGCACUGUUCCCUCCCCCACGGCUCGUAGUCUCACCUACAUCCGAACAGAGUCUAAGGCAGAUGGGAGUGCCGGUACCACUUAAUUAAACAGCUCAUAUUCUAUUCCGCUAAUGUUGUGUUGAGCCAUGUGCCCAUGUUAACCGGUCAAAAAUAUUCACUCAAGAACUACGAUGAAUCCAAACUCGUCUUCUGUGAAUGGCGUACGACCCUUGCGUAGAUGGAGAUGUUCCCGGAAUAGAUUAGCAGAUUGACUAGGAAGGCUUUAUUUCUUAGCAAAUAUUUUGGCGUUUUAUAUCUUGAUUGGGAGGAAGAGGGACUGAUCUAAAUCCUUUCCCUGGAUGCAGCUUUUCCUGCCCUGAGUUACAGAUCCUAUCAGAUUGAAAUUUUGUUAAUAGGGUGGAUGGGUGGUUGGUCUAUUUUGUUUUGGGGAUCAUUAUUUUUCUCCUAUUGAAUUAUUAUUGAAAAAAAUUGAUGAAGAAAAUUUUUUUUUAUAUAUAUAUAUAUAUGUACAGAAAAAGAGAACUGGUUGGUUGGCUUUCGUUUGAUCA